AUGGGAUCUGUUGAAGUUGUGUCGAGCCGACUAGAGUCGCUACCUCCUCGCCCACCGACACCACCCCGCGAGACCAGCCAAGCUGCUGAUGCCACCCUCGCACCGAAGCAUUUUAUCGUCCUCCCUCCCUCCUCCGACCCUCGUGCGAGUCUCCACACACCGCCGAGUGGCUGUUCACCACUCUCCGGAACCGAUUCCACGAAUCCGAGUGUACGAAGAGCAAGGAAACGGGUGGGCUUCUCUGCAAAAGCCCAAUACAACGAGGCGCCCCAUUAUCAAGGCGUCAACGUCUCUGGCAAGCGAUCGCCUCUCUCGGUACCGUCGUCGACUCAGCCCAAACCCGUCAAGGGCAUUCUCAAACAGACAUCUUCGCCGAGCCCCCUCAGCACCAGUACUAAGGCAGAUGGUUUGACGGCCUCGGUCAAUAUCUCCGACAUGUUGGAAUCAACCGUGAAGCAGCUCGCCGGAGCUGACAGAGACUCCAAGCGGGAUGCCUAUUCAACUUUGGUCAAUGCUCUGAAGACGUCCAACAAUCUCCCCGACCGGAUUGCCCUUCAAGUCAAGAUGGGGCUGUUUGUCCAGUUCAUUCAGCGAGACAUCACCGCCAAAAACCCCGCCUCGAGCGGACCAGACGCGCCUCUCGUCAACGACGCCCUCCGCCUCCUCGCCACCUUCCUGCACUUCCCUGCCAUCGCCUCGACGAUACCCAGCGAUUUCGGUGUUUUCUUCAUCGAUCACUGCAUCCGAUCCUUCGAGAAUCCGAGCACACCGAAAGACAUUGCUCGACACCUGAUGCACGCUGUCGCUACUCAGGAUUUCUCCCCCAAAGUCAUGACCUCUGAUCGUGUCCGGCGUCUAGUCGCCGCUCUGCGCAACAUUGAAGAUAUUCUUAAGGGAAAGAGCAUAGUAAUGUCUCGGAUCUUGAUCUACAAGCGCCUGGUUCAGCAGUCGAAGCAGUUGAUGGUCCUCCACUCGGACUGGCUGAACGAUCUUCUCACGGAUAUGCUGAGCAGGGUUAAAGAGCUGCGAUCGGCUGCGAUAUCCCUCGGUUUUGAAGCUGUCUACACUUUUGGAAAGGAGAAAUCGCUUUCGCGGAAGGUGAUGGAACUAUUCGAUACAUCCAUUGAAGAGAUGAAGUUCGCAGAGUACUACCACCAGCAACUUCGUUCCAUGGCCAAGGACAAAGAUGACAGGCAAUUGACCGCUGCUGUUCCCAAAAUCUGGAGCGUCAUCAUCCUCUUCUUGCGCUGCCCGCUCGACCGGUGGCAGUUCUUCAACCAGUGGUUGCAGCUGAUUCAGAUGGGCUUCAACAACAACGACCAUCCCCAGACCAAACAAGAGGCGAAUUUUGCCUGGAACCGUUUCGUCUGGUCCAUGCACACCGAAGGGCAGUCUUUUGCCAAACUGCUACCUACACUGUACCAACCUCUAGGCAGCCAGCUCAAAUCGAAAUAUACUAGCAAGCACAUCCGAGAGGUCGUCUUCGGAAGCGUCUGCAACCUCCUUUACUACACCUUCAAGCCUGGCACGAGUACAACCCUUCUAGAGAGCUACUGGGAUGCUUGUGUCAAGCCCAUCACAGAGGCUCCCAAGGCACAUGCAAGGAAUGCCGAUGCCGUUGACGAGCACCUGCGGCAGGCAACCUUGAUUCUCACCGGUCUCUUCGAUUCAACUACACCGCGGCUAUGGAGGGAAGAGCGCAUUAGAGAAACGCCUCUCGCCCGACCACAUGAGUUGCCGGCUAUUGACCCCAAGUGGCUUCGGCGUAACUCCUCACGCGUUUUCCAGGUCAUUGAGCCCAUCAUGGAGAAACACUUUCUGGAGCUUUCGGACAAAAACAGCCGUAUUCAUUGCUUGUGGAGGACUUUGGUCGGGGCGAUGGUUUCUGCAGCAUCCAAGGAAAUCAAGGUCUCCGUCGAUACUACUGCCUUCAUCUCGCAGAUGUGCGGACUUUUGCUCAAGCGUUGGGAGGCUGGCCUGACUGAGAUUAAAUACUUGAGCCCCGAGACAGCAACACGGUUCUUGGCCAGUGCUGGUGAGCUUAUUACGGUUACUGUGGAAGCCCUCGGCCCUCUGCCUUUCACCGAGAAGAUGAUAUCUCUUGGACGACUUCAAAACUUCACUCCUGUCUCGACGCCCUCUCACAAGCCGGCAAAAAAUGCAGGCGAUGCUCGGACACCACUUCAGCAUCUCGCCGGAUUGAUGUCGAGGCUGCCUCCGGGUAUCGCCGACAACGAGGAAUUCGUCGAUUUUUACCGGACCGUUUUCAACCCCUUCUUCGCGCCGAGGUCAGCGAAGUCUAGGUUCGACCUAGCACAAGAGAUGCUGUCCGCCACGCCCAUUUGGUCCUCUGCAGUUACCCAUUCUCCCUACGCACCAUGGGUUAUCGCAGCAGAGUGCUUGGCUUCUAUCUUUAGUUCGUCCCAAAACAAUGUGCAAACCACAAGCUCCACUGGCGAGCCCGCCCUUGGCCACGAGUAUCGCACAGUUGUGCGCCUUUUGGAGCGAGGGUGGCAGGAGGCACCCAAUCUUCCCUGGCAACACUGGCGUUUCCUUCUCACGGCCUUGUCCAACCGUGCCAGCGAAGAGACUGGCGAAGCUGGACGAGCCUUGGGAGUAAUUGAACCGCUCGCGAAGGCUAUUCACGAAUCCAUCCCUGCCGAUAGUACCUCCUUGGUAUCUGCGAAGACUGUUACAGCUGCAGCAGAAUUGCUCUCCAUUGCCAAGCACCCAUUGGAUAGGCAGGCUGUAGAAGCAGCUCGGCGCCGGCUUUGGGGCACUGCCGUUACGGGGUCCAAGUCGUCCUCUUUCGAUCCAUUCAAUAACCUGUACAAACUGACCAACGAGCUGCUGGAACGGCUAUACGAGGCCAAUGAAUCUGACAACAUGGAUGACUCGGCCACUCUACUCAAAGAAUGCGGCGGAUUUCUGUCCCGCUGUAACGUUGAGCUCGCCCCGAGAACAGUGUCAAACUUGGAGAGUGGCCUUGUCAUGUGGAUCCGGGAUUCGCAGGGUAUUAUCAAAGCUCGCCAGAGCCCUGCUACCUCUGAAGCUGCCAAGGCCCUUUGGGAUGCCGUGAGGGGUAUCAUCCUGCCUGACACUACACCAGCAGAAAUCCAACUUGAGGCGUUUGAGGAACUUUUCUGUGCUGCCUUCGAAAGCAAGCACCGGCACAUUGUUAACUCGAUUGCUCAGGCAUGGAACUGUAUCUACGAAAAUGCGGAGAGCAUUCAGUACCCCGAACACCUCAAGACCGUUUUGCUUGCCGUCCGACCGACUGUAGACAUCAUUCUUCCGGGUCUGGAGUCUACUCGCGAGACAGCCACAGAUGAGAACCAUUCUUUCGUUGAGUCCCAGGACGAUAUUGAGAUGCUCACCGUAUCUUCAACACGAUCUUCUCGAAAUAGGCCAAUCAACUUUUCAUCUCCUCUCAGCUCGACCAAGGCAUCAUUGUCCGCGAGGAAGAAGCUGGGUAGCACCCCUAGGAGAACUCGCAGCGGGGGCCGACGUAGUGCUGCUACUGCUCGUCUGAGACACGACGACUCACAGAUUCAGUUUGCCCCCAUCGAAAAUUCGCCAUUGAACCCGGCAGUCAACCCCGAGUCUCAGGUGCUCACCGAACGGCAGAAGGAAAUCAGAGAGAGGCAGAAAGACACUGUAGCAAUGUUUCCGGCUAUGCGCUCUAGCCCCCAGGCGCAGACAGAGGAAGAUGCGUCUGUCGAACUCAAGGCGGUGGUCCCUGAAAGCGUUCCAGAGACAUCCAAAGACGUUACGCCAAAGCGCAGCGUAAGGUAUGAGGAUUUUGUCAGCUCAACUCCAACACCCCGACGAGGCCAAGCAGUGGCGAUGGCAGACAAUGAUCAAGAUAUGACGGACCCGCCAUCUUCGCCCCCCGAGCCGCGGCCAUUUCCCCUAUUGCCACAAAUCAAAUCCCGUACCAGCAGUCGGAGCGAGCUUGAUGACUGGCACUUUAGUUCAUCGCCGGUAUCAGGUUCACCGUCUCUGGAAAUGGCAAUAGUUACCGAUGAACCUACCGAGCUUCACCUGACAAACGCCGAUGCUUCUCUGCGUCAAUCUGGAGAAGCCAGCCCGGAUCUGUCAGCAGUUGACGAUUCGUUCCAAGGGGUGCCCUCCAGCGCUGUAGAGGAACCAGAGCUGCCACCGCCUGUUCUAGAAAAGGCGAAAGAGACUCUGCAGCCUCAGCAGUCUGAGCAGGCGACAACCGAGACCACCUCAGUACCGCAACCUGACAGCACCCCGUCAACCCCUAAGAAUACCCGGGUGAUCAAUGUGGAGGAGCCUAGGUCUGGCAACGAGGUGUUUGUCGACGCACCAUCCAGCCCCCAGCCUACCGUUUUAACGAGAUCCGCAACCCGGGCUGCAGUCAAUAAGGAUCGCUCUUUCGAGAUGAGCGACGGAGAUGAGACCAGCAUGUUAAGACUUGUCGUUGAUUUGGAUCGUAGAAGGUGCGAGCUCCCGAUUAGCAAAUACCCUGCGACGUCGCCGCCCAAACCCUCCAAGGGACCCAGAAACGGGAAGCAGAGGAAGGGGAAGCCCGCUGUUCUUGACUGCAUCACCGUUUGCGGCGAGGACGACGAUGACGAGGAGGAGGAGGAGGAGGAGGACGAGGACGAGCCAGCAGAGCUUGCUCCUUCUCAGCCCCAGACGGCACCUCACGAGAGCAAAUCUCGCUCACCUGGAAAACCCUCGACUCCUGUGACCAGGUCGGCUGCAUCUCCUCCUGACAAGUCGGCUAAGAAGCGGAAGCGAGGUGGUGCUUCUAGGUAUGGCACCCGUUACAAGAAGAGAAAGUCUACCGCCGGAGAGGCAGACGACGAGACCAACGAGAUGGAGACCUCACAGCUCGCCAUGUCACCCGUUCUUGGCGAAGAGGCGUUCUGCGAGAGUCAGCACUCAUUCACCGGGGAUACACCAUCGAAACUCUCCACCGGUUCCAGAAGCGAAGACUUGGAGGCUGAGAUCCACUCGCAGCUGGUCCAUGAGCAGCAAGAGGCGGACCACCGCGAGAGCCAGUCUUUCGAGGCGCCCAAUCUGGAGCCAUCUUUGACACAGACACAGCUGACAGCCGAAGACUCGAUGGAUGUUGACGUCGCAGAUACCACCAAUGCCGUCAUCGCGCAGCCCAAGCCUCAGGCCCAAGUCGACACGAAAGACGUCCGCAUGGUGGACUCAUUGAGCAGCGUACUCGACCAGCUUCGUUCCGCAGCGCUGUCCCGUGACGAGGUGUACAAAAUGGAGGAUAUUCUCAUGGACAUCAAGAGGGAGCUCUUCGCAGCUGAGGCCCGCGGACGUGCCUGA